UGUAACUCUCCUCAACUCGUGCUUGUAGCGUUGCGGGGCUUGUUCACUAUAUCGGAUAACGUCCACCAUGGCGGCCCCAUCUAAAGGGAUUUCUUCCUUGAUCUCUGUCACCUCAAAAUAUGUCGCGCCGUCCGACCCAUCUUUGCCUGCCCUUGCCUUGCAGAUCACUAGCCUUGUGGGCUCAUACAUGAUUUGGGUUGGUGUUACGAAUCAACCACCAGAAUCUGUGCAGAACGCAGCCCUCUCUGGCAUGCUCGGUAAAGAUUGGGCGUGUGCUAUGCCCGCACCACCUGGUCAUGCAGGGUUUGGACCUGCUACCUCCUUGUUCCGAUCAUCAAGUUCUGAUGUAUCUUUUUCGAUGGCGCAGCGUCUUGCGCGGAGGUUUCAUCGACAGAUAUUCUUAUCGGUUGAUGUGCCUGCUACCCUGCUAUCAACACGACAAGGGUCUAAGCUAUUGUUUGAUGCAGAGAAAGGCAUAGUUGCUGCGCUCAGCAGCCUUGGAGAUGAACACGGCCAAGAAGUAUCCUAAAUUCUGCCCUAGCAUGGUUUCCAUCUCUUCUCCAACCAAUUUGCUGCGCAAAGCAUGUGCGAGGGGGCAUGACAUGAUUUGGUUGGCGGAUUUUAUCUGAAUUCCAUAUAAUACAAAUCAUGUUGUCAAAUAUCGUUGGUAAGUCCUGAUCUCGCCACGGAGGUAACCCUGGCCACGUGUUGUACUAGCUGGGUCUAGAGCACUUGGAUGAAACUCGUGUUGGCACGAAGUUGGCACUGUAGUAAUUUUUUAUGAAUGAAAAGUAAAAUUGAUUGGGGA